UACGUACUUACGAGAAAAGCGUUUCUUUCAAUAUUUCCAUAUUACCGAAAUGGUGACGACAGACUUCAAAUCCCAACUUCCAAUUAUCGACAUCAGUCCUUUACUGGCCAAAUGUGACGAUCCCAACAUGGCGGAGGAUGCCGGGGUGGCGCAAGUUGUCCGAAAACUGGACAGCGCAUGCCGGGACGUAGGAUUCUUCUACGUGAUUGGUCAUGGAAUAUCAAAAGAUCUUAUAAAUAAGGUGAAAGAAAUGACUCAUCAGUUCUUCCAGCUCCCUUACGAGGAGAAACUUAAGAUCAAGAUUACUCCAGCUGGUGGUUACAGAGGAUAUCAGAGAAUUGGAGUAAACUUUACGAGUGGGAAACAAGAUAUGCAUGAAGCCAUUGAUUGUUACAGAGAGUUCAAGGAAGGGAAGUAUGGGGACAUCGGAAAGGUCUUGGAAGGGCCAAACCAGUGGCCAGGGAAUCCUCAAGAGUACAAAGAUUUGAUGGAGGAGUAUAUCAAGCUAUGCACAGAUCUUUCUAGAAAUAUAUUAAGGGGAAUCUCCUUAGCCCUUGGUGGAUCUCCUUACGAGUUUGAGGGAAAGAUGCUAAGAGACCCUUUUUGGGUAAUGCGUAUCAUUGGUUAUCCAGGAGUAAACCAAGAAGAUGUUAUUGGAUGUGGAGCUCACACUGAUUAUGGCUUGUUGACGCUUAUAAAUCAAGAUGAUGAUAAAACUGCUCUUCAGGUGAAAAACGUGGACGGUGAUUGGAUACCAGCUAUUCCGAUCCCUGGAUCGUUUAUUUGCAACAUUGGCGACAUGUUAACGAUACUAACCAACGGAGUUUACGAAUCUACACUUCAUAAAGUGAUCAACAACUCUCCUAAAUACCGUGUUUGUGUUGCAUUCUUCUACGAGACAAACUUCGAUGCGGAGGUGGAACCAUUGCAUGUCUUCAAAGAGAAGUAUCCGAGGAAAUUUAAAUCUCAAGUUGCCAAAAGAGUUGUCUAUGGACAGCACCUGAUUAAUAAGGUCCAAGCCACUUUUGCAAAUUUAGUGGAAAACAGUUAACAUGGUUGGUUUGGGGUUUGGAUGGUGUUUUACCAAGCUAAGUUGGCUUUCGAGGUUUAAUAAAAUAGAAUAAAAGCUGUUCUAAGCGACAAUGAAAAUAAAAGA